AUGGAUAUUACAAUUCACCACCCCUGGAUGAGGCGCCCGCUCCUCCCCGGACGUAUCCUGGGCCAGAGGUUCGGAGAAGGAAUCCUGGAGUCGGAUCUCUUCUCCCAGAUGCCCCUGGCCAUGAAUCCGUAUUACAUGCGUGUACCCAGCAUCCCCCAGCCCGAGACCGGACUCUCCGAGGUGAAGCUGGACAAAGACCAGUUCUCUGUACUGCUGGAUGUCAAGCAUUUCUCCCCCGAAGAGCUGACGGUCAAAGUUGUUGGAGACUAUGUGGAGGUGCACGCCAAGCACGAGGAGCGACCGGAUGAACACGGCUUCAUCUCCCGCGAGUUCCAUCGCCGAUACAAGUUCCCCGCCACGGUGAAUCCGGCCUCCAUCACUUCGGCACUGGCCGCCGACGGACUGCUCUCCAUCCAAGCGCCGGUCGUAGAAGCGGCCAAGACUGAAGAGAGGAGCAUUCCAAUCGCAAGGCAGGAGAAGUGAGGAACCAGGCGCCGAUCGCACCGGCUGUGCCCCUCGUCCGCCAUUUUUGCCAAAGGGCCUCCUAAAACUGCCGGGGAAGGAUCGUAAAUCCUACUACGUCUGCGGAGGCCUCAUUUAACCCACUAGCAUGAAAUUUCCUUAAAGAGUACCUGUCAGUACAGCUGUGACUUGGUACUGAUAAGGUGUGGACGCUGGCAUGGUCCGAUGCUAGUUCCAGGGCAGUGCACACCUCUAUAGCCUUGGCUGCACCAGGUAACAGUAGUUCUGACAGGUUCUCUUUAAUUCAUGGUUUCUCCUUCUAUCUUAAAGCAGAACUCUACUUUUUCAGGUUUAAAGCUAUAUUUUGCGGAGAAAGAGCAAUAGAGGGGCUGCAAUGCUUACUUUGCCUGGAGAAAAUGGUGCUCCUGGCUCCCUACAGUGCUGGAGCAUGUGACCAGAAGCAAAGGCCUUUCAUCUCUUAUGAAGCGGAGGCUUAUAUGGUUUAGAUAGACUGUUCCUCCUUGUCAGCAGAGGUCACAUGACCAAAAACCUAGACUCUGGUCACAUAAACCAAAAAAACCUAGCCUCUGGUCCCAUGACCCAAAAGCCUAGCCUCUGGUCCCAUGACCCAAAAGCCUAGCCUCUGGUCCCAUGACCCAAAAGCCUAGCCUCUGGUCCCAUGACCCAAAAGCCUAGCCUCUGGUCCCAUGACCCAAAAGCCUAGCCUCUGGUCCCAUGACCCAAAAGCCUAGCCUCUGGUCCCAUGACCCAAAAGCCUAGCCUCUGGUCCCAUGACCCAAAAGCCUAGCCUCUGGUCCCAUGACCCAAAAGCCUAGCCUCUGGUCACAUGAAUAAAAAACCUAGGCUUCAGUCACAUGACCCAUAAACCAAGCCUCUGGUCACAUGACCCAUAAACCAAGCCUCUGGUCACAUGACCCAUAAACCUAGGCUUCGGUCACAUGACCCAUAAACCUAGGCUUCGGUCACAUGAAUUAAAACCUAGCCUCUGAUCACGUGAACCAAAAACCCUAGCCUUUGGUUACAUGACCAAAAGCCUAGCCUCUGGUCACAUGUCCAAAAACCUAGGCUUCAGUCAACCAAGCCUCUGGUCACAUGUCCAAAAACCUAGGCUUCAGUCAACCAAGCCUCUGGUCACAUGUCCAAAAACCUAGGCUUCAGUCAACCAAGCCUCUGGUCACAUGACCAAAAGCCUAGCCUUCGGACAUAUGACCAUAAAAACCUUGCCUCCAGUCACAUGACCAUAAAAACCUAAGCUUCGGUCACAUGACCAGCUCAGAAGAGAGCUAGGCGCAGCAUUUUCUCCAGGAUAGGGAAACAUUUCAGCUCUCAUAUAAAGUUUAGAAUUUAAUUCCUUGGCUUGUACAGGUCCUACAAUAUUUACUACUUUGUUCCCCCCUCCCCCGCAGCUUCUAUCUUUGUUUAUUCGUACAUAUUUUACCAUUUACUGCCAUGAACCUGGGAUAUGACUUCACUUGGAAGGGCUCUGAUCUUUCUGCUGUAUCCAGAGAACGGAUAUGUGUCCUAUCCCAGAACACUGGAUGCUUCACUUGCCUCCCUUUCCUGCCAAUAUCACUUUCUUUUUAAAUGCAGACCAGUCCAACAAGUUCAUUAGCAUUUAAUAGAAGAAGCCCACUGGGAAAAAAGAAAAGUGCAAUUGGCCGUUUAACUUCCCAAUGUUUGCUAAAAAUGAUAUUCCAUAUUGGUUAUAAAAAGAAAAAAAAAAUCAAUAAAUCACUAAAAUGGCUAAAGCAAGAAACGGGAAGCUAGACAGACAUGGCUGAGAAGCACAGGAGAGGAGGAAGCUGAAGGGAAAAGUAACAGAAGUGUCUAAAGAGUGCAAACCUACGUCGUCACCUGGAGCUGAGAAAACAUUUAUUUUCCUUGUGGAAAGCAAAACUUUUAUGGUUUGUGUUCCAACAUGUGAGGAUAACGAGGUCGCUUUCUGAAAAGGGACCCCCCCGAUUGGCUGCCGAUAUAAAGAAUCUGAAUGUGUGAAAAAAAAAAACCUAAUACUUCUGUAAUGGAAACCAACUGGGAGAGUUAAUAAAAGUCAUUUUCAUGUUCA